AUGGUUUGCAUCCCAUGCAUAUUGUUGCCGAUCGUGCUAGCUAUCUACAUAAAAUUCAUCCAGCCGAUUAUAUUCCGACUUUUACCGGAAUCGUGGAGGACAACGUUUGAUGCUUUGCUGUAUCCGACAUGCCCAGUUCCUGUAACUCAACCUGUUCCUACUGAAGAUAAAGCUUCAACGCAUGAUCAGAGUGCGCAAUUGGCCGAGUGUGAUGCUGGCGAAGGCAAGAAAGAUAUUUAG